AUGACAGAUCCUUCAGUAGUGGAUCGCCUGACAGAGCUGAAACUCAAACUCCUAGAAAAGAAACUAGAAAAUGAACAGGAGAACCUAGAGAAGAUGGAGUCACGUCUCCCAACUGCAAGGAACAGACACGAGGAUAUGCUCCAAAGUGCCCUAAGGCGAAGGAAAAACCUCCUGCGGGAGCUUAGGGAGCAGCACCUUCUGGAAGAGCUUUCACAGCCCCCUGCACCAGCUGGAGGACACUGUCAUAACCACAGAGCUGCCCCCCUCCAGGUCUACCAGAUGCCUUUUCCAGCUCCCCAGGUGGAGCCACCAAGGAUUAUCCAGCAGACAAUGCCGCCUCAGCCUGCCACCAUCAUCCAGCAGUUACCUCAGCCACAUUCCCUGAUCAUGCAGAUCCCCUCUGCCCAGCCUUUUACAACUCCCCACUCUGGAAGCAUUAAAGAAGAUAUGGUAGAGAUGAUGCUGAUGCAGAACGCUCAGAUGCACCAGAUCAUCAUGCAGAACAUGAUACUGAAGGCUCUGCCACCGAUGGCGUUCACACAACCUGCUGGAGCCAGCUCUCCCCUGUCGCAGCACGCACAGCAGGACCUGCAGUUUGCUGCUCCCCUGGCUGUGAAAGCGAACAAGCCCAGGCCAUCUGCAGUGCACCACCACCACCACUACCCUCCCGCAGGGGUGCUCCCAGUGCCCCAGGGAGGCUUCCCAUCCACAUCCAUGGCACAUCACUGGACUGGCCGCACACUCUCUGCCGUGCCUACCUACCUUCCACCAGGAGCUGAGAUCCAACACAUCUACACUGUCCUUUUGCAGCUGCAGUUAGCACGUACUAUUGCCUAUUAA